AUGGGCCACUCCGCCGAGAGCGCCGCCGAAGCGAAGGCGGGGGCGUUCGAGGCCAUCCGCCGCGGCAACCGCCGGGAGAAGCGCGAGCAGCUGGCCCUGGAGUGGGAGCACGUGGAGGUGACCUUCCACGAGGACCUGGAGCUGACAGCUGUCUCAUCGCUGGUCCUGGGCCCGGACGCGCGCUUCUCCGCCGGCUGCAAGCCACGCCUCGGCGCGGCGGAGGCUUCCGCGGCCUGGGGCACCUGGCGGCGGCUGGGCCGCGGGGUGGAGCUGACGCUGGGCGCCGAGGAGGCCAUCGGCCUGGAGGAGAUGGUGGUGGUCUAUCGCUGCCAGAGGGGGUGCCUGGUGGCCGAGCGCGUUGAUCUUCCUGAUGGCUUGGCGCAGGCGCCUCUUCCUGAGCAGCCCAAGGAAGAGGCUGCGAGCGGAGGCGGCGCACCCAGCGAGGUCUACGAGGACGACUUCGAAGAGGUUGCGUCAGAUGAAUCUGCUGAAGCCAGUCCGAAGUCAGUGUCCAGCUCGUCGGUGACGUGA